AUGUCGAACCCCAACGCCUUGUUCCUGCUCGCCGAUCACAUCAAACUCUCGUUGCUCGAGCGCAAACGGGCCCAGGCAUUGAACCUGCAGAGCGACUCACAGGAUGGCCACCUCUCACGAUCGCUAGAUCAAUUCCGGGAUGGGCUGGAGGCACUACAGCAGGAGCAGAAGCGUCUGGAGGAGGCUGGUGAUGAUGCCAAAGCCGCGACCAUUGCCGACUCACUUCCCGGCCUUCAGAAGCAGUUUGAUGACCUGACGUCUCAAUUCCACGGCUUCUCUGAGCCAAGCACGAACGCAACCCUCACACACCCCAACGACCCGUCCCUCGCUGCCGACUUCGCCCACGCCAGCAACACAUCCACCAGCCCGCCCCUCCCCUCCUCAUCAAGCCUGCACCCGCCGGCCAAGAAGUCGCUCCGCAACGGCGGCACGUCGACCCCGACAGGCAGCAAGACGGUCCGGUUCCAAGACAACACCACGGCCGCGCAGGACGACGACGCGGCGGCGGCAGCAGCGCAGCUCUUCAACCAGCCGUACCGGGACGACCCGGACGGGCCGGAGGGGUACCGGGACCACGCGGAGGGGCUGGCGGACAACGUGCAGGUGCACGCGUACCACGACCGGAUCCUGCGCGAGCAGGACGACCAGCUGGACCGGCUGGGCGAGUCGAUUAGCCGGCAGCGCGAGCUGAGCAUGCAGAUCGGCGACGAGCUCGACGACCAGGUCGCCAUGCUCGAGGACCAGGAGGCCCUCGUCGACCGCCACGCCUCGCGACUCGACCGCGCCCGCCGCCAGGUCGGCAAGGUCGCCCGCUCCGCCGGCGAGAGCAAGCAGAUGAUCGCCAUCAUCGUGCUGAUCGUCAUCCUGAUCCUCCUGAUUGCUGUGCUGAAGUGA